CUCCAUUACAGCUCGGAUCCAUCCCGGCUGUACGGCGCAGGCCCGAAGCAGCGCAGCCGCUCUGAGUCAUUGAACUGUCGAUCUAGCUGUGUAGACCGGGUGACCAAUAAUGGAGGAGCACAGCGUUCACCAUGAACACAUGACGACCAUCGAGGCCGGCGCUGUCAGCCAACAGGUCCAUCAGGUACACGUGACCACUUACACUGAAACAUCCAUGAUGAGUGCUGAGGAAGACUCAACGUCCUCGCCAGAUGACGAUCCUUACGACGACACGGACAUCCUCAAUUCGGCAGGCACCGAUGAGAUCACCGCACACCUAGCUGCUGCAGGGCCAGUAGGCAUGGCGGCAGCUGCUGCCGUGGCAACCGGCAAGAAAAGAAAGAGGCCUCACAUCUUUGAGUCCAACCCCUCAAUCCGCAAGAGGCAGCAGACCCGUCUGCUCAGGAAACUAAGAGCUACACUUGAUGAGUAUACCACCAGAGUGGGGCAGCAGGCCAUAGUGCUGUGUAUUUCUCCCUCCAAACCCAACCCAGUGUUCAAGGUGUUUGGUGCUGCUCCUCUGGAGAAUGUGGUGAGGAAGUAUAAGAGCAUGAUGUUGGAGGAUCUGGAGAACGCUCUCGCUGAACACGCCCCUCCAGGUGGAGACAUGGCCUCAGAGCUGCCCCCCCUCACCAUAGACGGCAUCCCUGUAUCUGUGGAUAAGAUGACCCAGGCCCAGCUGCGAGCAUUCAUCCCAGAGAUGCUGAAGUACUCUACAGGCCGAGGGAAGCCUGGCUGGGGUAAAGAGAGCUGCAAGCCAGUGUGGUGGCCCGAGGACAUCCCCUGGGCCAACGUCCGCAGCGAUGUCCGUACAGAGGAGCAGAAACAGAGGGUUUCUUGGACGCAGGCGUUGCGAACCAUCGUGAAGAACUGCUACAAGCAGCACGGACGUGAGGAUCUGUUGUAUGCAUUUGAAGACCAUCAUAUAACGACGGUUACCACCCAGCACCACCACCUGACCACAGCGCAGAGCAUCGCUCACCUUGUGCCGUCACAAACUGUGGUGCAGACCAUCAACAACCCCGAUGGAACAGUCUCACUCAUUCAGGUUGGCACAGGACACACAGUUGCCACUCUGGCAGAUGCCUCGGAGCUGCCGGGUGUGACGGUGACACAGGUUAACUACGCUACUGUGACGGAUGGAGAGGUGGAGCAGAAUUGGGCCCUCCAUAGCGGGGAGAUGACAAUCCAAACCACUCAGUCAUCAGAGGCCACGCAGGCAGUAGCAUCCCUGGCUGAAGCUGCUGUCGCCGCCAGUCAUGAGAUGCAGACUGGUGCCACCGUCACGAUGGCUCUAAACAGAUGGGGCCUACAGCGGGAUCUUAAAGCGUGUCCCAUGGAGGACCGGUCGUCUGCAGGAUCGGGUUACAUCACAACAAUACAGCAGCUUGACAAUCUCAGUGAGGCAGCUCAUGCUGUAGCGACGUUGGCAGAGGCCACUCUACAAGGUGGAGGUCAGAUCGUCCUGGCAGAGACGGCAGCUGCUGUCGGGGCACUAGCUGGGGUUCAGGAUGCCACAGGUUUGGUCCAGAUCCCGGUCAGCAUGUAUCAGACUGUAGUGACCAGCCUGGCACAGGGGAACCGGCCUGUCCAGGUUGCCAUGGCACCUGUCGCCACACGCAUAGAGAACACUGUCACUCUGGACGGCCAGGCGGUGGAGGUUGUGACCCUUGAGCAAUGACUAUUGGAAUCCUGAAAGGAGCAGAAGGCACUGAUUGGCCACCUUGGAGAUUUGUCUGUCCUACUGCGCGUUGUUUAUUAUGUAAAGACUUGACUUGUUGGUGUAAUAUUUUUUUUUCCCCUUUUAGCUUUUUUUAAUUUUUUUUUAGCUCUUUGAUGUUGAGUAUUUAGUAUUUAUUUCUUACAAGUCCACCUUUACUUAAAACAAAGAUGAACCAAAAACCCCGGGAGGAAAGCCACCACUGCUUCAGUGUGUUGUCUAUCACUGUUCUGCAUUUUCUACAUUGUCUCUGUGCUUGAAUGUUUUGUUUUUAGGAUGCAUUUACGAUUAGGUGUAGUCAAGCAACCACUGCUUCCCACAUCCUCCAUCACUGCUCUGAAUAUCACUCUUUCCACUUGGGCUCACUUAAACCUCUGAGCUGUGGACACUCCCCGACUUUGUCCUCACAUUAGAUGGUAAUUUAUGUUGAAACACCAUGUUGUCGUGUGCUUUUCCCCUGUGCUGUUUUAAUUGUGGUCCAUGCACGUCCUAAGAUUUGUGAAGACUCAGGAUACACAUCAAGUUUUUGUCUUCGUUCCUGCUGGAUUGCUGAGCUGACUUCUCGCAGCGGCCAUUUUGACGACCUAUCCAUUUUAUUUUCAGUGCAUGGAUAGAAUCAACUCCUCUAAAUGUUAUUUUUUUAACAUGAACUUCUUUGUAUGUCACCUAAGACUCGGAAGUCAACAUCACUUUGUAUAUGACAGAGAGUUGGUCAUACGUGGACAGGAAGUGCAGUCUAUGAAAGGCAAAUAAUGUAAAAUCUUGAAACAAAAAUAAUUGCUUGCAAAGAAUCAGCUUAUUUUGAUGCAGCUGUAACAGUUGAUUCCACUUUCACCAAACAUGUGUAUUUAAAGAAAUAAAGUCCAAUAGACUGACUGCUGUUUACCACUC